AUGGAUGGCUACGCACUGAACUCGGAUGCAACAAGCAAUGCGUCCGAGGCAGCCCCGGUAAUAUUCAGACUGAAGGGGGAUAUUGCGGCAGGAGAUUGUCCAGUGACCGUGGCAGGAGACUCGGAAGAUGGCAUACAUCCGUGCGUGGGGAUCGCGACUGGCGCACGUUUCCCCAGUGUCAGUUCAGGAAAGCCCUUCGACUGCUGUGUGCGACUCGAAGAUACGAAAGUCGUUCAAGGUGCAAACUGCGGUCAAACUUACGUGCAGUUAUUCAGGCCUGCGAAGCCGCACCAAAAUAAGCGACUGGCAGCGGAAGAUUUCCAGGUCGGCACGCUAGUCAUCGGGCAACAUGUGGUCGUCCGACCGCAGCAUAUCAUGGCGCUGGCAUCUGUAGGCUGUGAAGCUCUAACAGUGCUGCGAGCCCCGCAGAUUGGCCUUUUCUCAACUGGUUCAGAGCUGGCCGACCUAGACUUGACCUGUUCAGAGGCCCAAAGAAUCCCAGACGUUAAUCGACCGUAUAUCAAGACCGUUCUGGAAAGUCUCGGAUACCAAGUGGAUUUUCUUGCACCGAUCGAGGACGGGGCUGCUGUCGACGUUGCCCGUAAGGUGUCCCAAUGCCUCCGACACAAAUCAUACGAUAUCGUCAUUUUUACCGGCGCAGCAUCAGCUGGCAAGCGCGACUUUGUUCGAAAUACUCUGGAAGAGCUUGGUGCACACAUACCCUUGCAUAAAGUGGCGAUGCGGCCGGGCCAUCCUACGCUUUUUGCUACGCUCAGUCUAUCAGGAGAAACACUUUCCAGCCUCACAGCAGGACUCGGGUCACGCUCGAAUACCGCAGUCUUCGGUCUACCGGGCAACCCAAUAGCUGCAGCUACCUGUGUCCAGUUUCUGGUAAUUCCUUACCUGCAAACACUUUUGUGUCAGCCACUGCAUGGGAUUGCUUCUGCCAUGAUUGUGAAUCCGGAACAAAACACGAAAGAGAACGACGCCCGUUCUGGUGAAUCUAGCUGCGUUGCCCGUUUUCCGUCGGACAUAGAUAUAUUUCGCGCCGGAAAAAUUACAAACAAAUGGCAACCCAGGCUCAAAGUUGAGCUGAUCCGAGAUCAUAGUCCUGGCAAGAUCAGACCAUUUCUUGAUUCUGACUGUUGGAUCCAUAUCCACAGAGAACAGACGGAAUUACGCCGCGGCGACAUAGUGGACAUCGUCUUGAUGCCUCAGUAG